UCUUCCGGCAUGCACUCAGGGCAUCGAAUUUUCAUGUAACACAGAUCACAAAAUAUGCAUUAUGCGUGUAGAAAAUACUAUUUUUUAAAGAAAGAACAAUAUUUUAAAACUUUUCCUCGAUGAAGGUAAGUAUUUAGUAUACUAUAAACACAUUUCAUCCAUUAAAAGUCGAUAUAUUGGUAUAUUUGUUUGUAAAAUAUGACCAAAUUUAUCGGGAACAGGCAAGCGAGUCUGAUUGUGAUCUGAUACCUUCGGCAUAUUGUGAUUUAUAAAUCACUUUUUUUCAACAGUAAAAUGUAUAUUUAAAGUGUGUAAUGUAGAAAGAAAUGGUUUUCUUCUUUGAUGUGAACUAGUUUCAGGAGAAAAGUCCGAGAAUGUUGUAAUUGUUGAAAAAUAUGUUUUAUGUAUGAUCGUCUAUUUUUUAAUUUACAUGGCAUCUGUGAAAUGUGAAUCAUAUUUCACCUAAAUCCGCGCCUAAUGGAUGAAAUCAAUAAUCGAUGAAAAUCGAUGUCAAUUGAUAUCAAUUAUUAAAUUGAUCAAUAUUGGAAAUUGAUGACAAAGCAAUAACUGGUAUCAUUGUGAUCUUUCAUCAAUUGAUUAUUGAUUUGUAUAAUUUUCAUCAAUUGAAAAAAAAAAUAUGCAAGCAAUUAAAACAGUGACGCUUAAAUUUUGUUUACACACAAUUUUUAACCCACUGAGUUGCAUUGUGCCCUAAUACACCCUACUUGAUUAUUUUACUCUGUCUAAUGCCAUUCGAUUUUACUUGUCAAAAGGGACUGAAGCGUUGGCAUUCAAUGGGUUAAUUCAGCUGGGUGUAUUUAACCCAUUGAGUUGCAUUGCACCCUGAUGCACCCUACUUUAGUAUUUUACUCUGUCUAAUGCCAGACGAUUUUACUCGUCAAGGGGAGAGCGCUGGCGCUUAAUGGGUUAACUGGCCUAUCUGCCCAUGUGUCUAGUUAACCCAUUGAGUUGCAUUGCACCCUGAUGCACCCUACUUUAGUAUUUUACUCUGUCUAAUGCCAGACGAUUUUACUCAUCAAGGGGAGAGCGCUGGUGCUUAAUGGGUUAAUAAUUUGAGUUUAUCUGUAUUUUGGUGCUGUUUAUAGAAUUCUUAACAUUGUGUUUCUGAAAACAAUGGCAGAUGUUGCACAUUUUACCGCUGAUGAUGUACAGAAGUUAUUUGAAGAUAAACAUGUUGUUGUUAUUGGUGAUUCAGGUGUGUGGAUUAUUGAAAAUUGACGGAUUGUCCUUCACAGUACUGGAAAAUGUCUGGCUGCACUGCUGCCAGGAAUUUUUUAACAAAAUAUAUUUGCAGGAAAUUUUUUCCCAUCUUUCAGGAAAUUUUUGUCAAUUUUAAUAUAUAUUGGAAUGCCAUAUAAUUUUCUUAUUGUUUACAAAAGCGUUUUGCAAGUCUAGACGGUCUUGUGCUGUGGUCGAAGUUUUAAUGUCACACAGCUGAGUGCCCCCUAUACCUCUUGACAAUAUGCUUUCACGUAAAACUAUUUUGCCUUUUCACGAGUCAUGAAAAAUUUAAAAAAUUCCUUCACGUUCACGGAAAAAUCGAAGCGAUCACGAUUCACAAAUUGUUAUAGGAUGUCUUCCUUAAUUGUAGAAUCAUUGUACUCAUCUGUACUUACCUUGACAUGCUUUCAAACUUCCAACUAUGUCGAAAACAGGCUCCUGUACAUCAAGUACUUCAAAAAACAGCAACAAACCGUAUUUAUUCCUUGGAAAGACGAUCACACAAAAGGUCGCAAAACAGAUGAUUCACGAAUCACGCAUAUUUCUGUCUGCCAUUCACGGGUCACGGUUAAAUCGAAUCUUUCACGUACACGUAAAAAGAUUGGAAGUCUUACCAUCACGAAUCACAGAUUAAGAUAAUCAUCGAUUACGUUUCACGGCUAAGUAAAAUAAGACCAUCACGCUUCACGCAAAAAGUAUAGGGGGCCCUCACAGCUGUGCGACACAAUAUUUGUUCGAGAUCUGAAAUCUACAUAUGCAGGACGUUUUAUAUUUAACUUACACAGGAGAUGCAUUUUAGUCAGAUGAACUAGCCAGAACAGUUGCAGGGUUCGAAUUAGCAAUUUGCACAUCAUGUUGUCAAAAAUUGGGGAAAUUGCACAUCACUUUUCCAAACAAUGUGCAAAAAAUCUGGUUGUGACUAAUGCUUAUUAUAUCUUCCUUUUUUUAUAUAUCCAGGCUUUUGUAAAAAGGAUAAUUUCAGUUCAAUUGUUUCUAAUAUAUUCUAGAGAUUUUAUAAUAUAUGCAAAAAUUAUUUGUUCAAAGUGCACUUCUUGAAAGGACAUAUUAUGACAGGCAUGCUGUCUAAAACAUGUGAUUCAGAGGCAAAUCUUGUCUCAAAAAUUGCAUUUAAUUUAGCCUGCCUAAUGUUUUCCAGUUCGUCUAAUGCAAAUCAUAUGUGAAGAUGUACAAUUUAUGCACACGUUUGGAGGAUGUCAACACAAGCAUGACAGCUAUCAACACAAUGAAGUUCCUCAUACAUCACAGAAGAAAUGACUUACACUCAGUGUUUAACGCUGAGUCAGUUAGCUCCAACAUUUCUUACAAAUCCUUCAAAACUUAUAUUCUACUGUGAUCACAGAAACUUUGAUAGUAUAAAACAGCCUUAAUGCAACAUUAUAAUGACACUCCAAGCCGUGACAGGAAGUUCUUGUAACAGAGUCGUUCUGCUGUAUUCAGUAUGGAUUAUGACAACUUCGCUUGUGCCUGAUUCAUGUCAUGUAAUCAACUGUGCAGUUAAUCUGACACUAACAAUGCUUUUCAAUAUUCACAUUAACAUUUGUGCCGAUCAACUUCUGGUAAAGUCACACUCCCAACAAUCAUACAACCAAAAGUUCUUUGUUCCAAGGAUAGUGUUUUCCAGUCCUUAAAAUAUCUUUUACAGGGCCAUCUGACAAAAUGUCCGAUGACAUUGAGUUUGGGUUGGACAUAUGUUCAGUUUUGACUCGAAAUAAGUCUGAAUGCCGACACAAAUGAAUAUCAGCAGAAUGUAUUAAUUCUGAACGGUAAAUGUUGUGAACAUAUUAAAUAAUUUGUUUCUUUCAUACUUAUUUCCAAGCCAAAAUUAACUUGCUUUCCACAACAGCAGUAAAAGACUUAGACACCUUAAGCCCAUUUUCCACUUCACCAUGCAUUUCGCUCCCCGCCCUGCACUCGACUAUGUUAAAUUAAAACAAAUUUCCAGUUUACCUUUUAUACAAUAGUACUCUGAUUUUCCAUUUAACAUACAAGCUGCUAGUCCUGGGAUAGGGUACAUUUUGAUUUACGUUGGACAAAGCUACAGUUCGUGUCGGUUUUCCUCUCUAUGUCGGACAAUUUCACAAAUGGGUCGGACAAUGUCCGUGACCGACCGAUAUUUUAAGGCCUGGUGUUUUCUAAUUUUCUGCAUGUUUGAUACCCUAAACUUGCGAUGUGAUUUUGUUGCUUGUCUAAGUGAAUACCAAUCAAAUAAUAUACUUUUAAUGUAGAUGAAAACUGCGUAGGUUAUUUGAUCGGUCAAAAUGUCCAUACAGAACAAAAUAAAUUAAUGGGCCAUAUAUAUAGUGUUUUUGUUUGGCAAAUAGCUGAAAGCCAACCAUUAUAAUCCACACUAGCUCUAUUAAAUUCACAUGUUAGUAAAUGCAGGUAAAGAUUUCCAUAUGAUCGUGCAUUUCGAAGACUCCCCAAUUUAUCUGAGUAGAUUAUUCAUAAACUCCCCAAUUUAUCUGAGUAGAUUAUGCAAAUGUUCAUUUUGACAAAUGUCACCCUCAGUAAUCUUUCUGGGCCUUCCUCCUAAAUCUUAGCCUGCGUAGCAGGUGGUAUUCGCGGGCACGAGGGAAUGGGCAGCCUGAAAUACUGCCUGUCCAAAAACUACACAUUGUGAGUUCCGCUCACCAAACGCAUGGUUCCGCCCAUCUUAAUAUGUUUGUCAAACUCUUUCUCGACGCAACCUAAUAUUAAUCAUAUCUUCGGUUUAUUGAAUGCUAUGAAGACAAAAAUACUACCUUUUGAUUCAAUGUAACAAUAUCUCAUUCAUAGCGAUAGUUUUAGUCGAUGUCAUCAUCAUAGCGAUUUAUGAGCUUUGAAAGUCAAGCGAGUUCGUAUAUUAUCAAAUUACGCAUUUGUCUGAACAAAAAUAUAGACUAGCCAUACCUUUCGCCGAACAUAACUUCGGCCCCUUUGGACGCAUCUUCUUUGUAAUAAUCUUGUUCGAAUUGCUAUCAAAAACUCUAUUUAGAGUGUUAUUUGCGAGCCUGUAUCUUCAAAUUUGUAUCUUUUAUCACGGUGUUUCCAUUCCUAUCAUGGUAUUUCUCAACCUCGUCCCCAGGGUAGAUUGGGUAUUUCUAUCACAUCUCUAUCAAGCAACAAAUGUUGGAUUGAUAUUCUUUGUUCAUCCUUAAAGACGAUGGGAUGACCGAUUCCAGAUAAAGUAUGCUUUCUCAAUUAAUACAUUCGUUAAUUUUUUCGUUUUAAUAGUGUAUGCCAUCACUCGAUAGCUACUCCUGUCAAUCAAAAAUUCAAAAUCAACAUUCUGACCAAUCAAAAUGCUCCGUCACCCAGCUGCCGGAGAACUCAGAAUGUGUAGUUUUUGGGCAGGCGGUAUUUCAAGCUGCCCGUUCUAUCGUGCCCGCGAAUACCGCCUGCUACGCAGGCUAGCUAAAUCUCUCCAACUUUACUUUGGUAAAAUCAUCGUCAGAACAAGCGCAUUUCACCUCGGAGAUUGUGAGUUUGAUUCUUGCCAGGGAUUCGUGUUUUCUCCAGGUUUCUCCCGUGCAGGGAAGGUUGACAGGACCCCAUGGGUUAGGAUAAACAUAGUUAGGAAAGUAUAUCAGGAUCAUUGCAAAGAUGAAUAUGUAGUCUAGGCUAUAAGCAUGGUUUCGAGUGCAAUUUGGAUAAAACAUGCACGCGCAUAGACGGAUUUUGUGGGGGGGUGCAGGGGGGUGCUACCCCCCAAUAUUAGCUAUAACCCCCCCAAACAAAAUGUCCACCCCUCCAAAAAAAUUUUCAACCCCCCCAAUAUUCGGCAUAAUAAAAAAUAAUUAAAUAAUCCACUCCAACGUGCAGAGUGUUGAUGAUACAAAAUAAACGUAGGAGUACACUCAAAUAGAAAAAGACAGUGCAAUACUCUGAAACUAAUCGCUCCUCGCUUGCAUUCACUGGUUUAUUGGAGCAAUUGUAAAGUUUUGAAACUCUAUUAUCUCCCCCUGAAUAGAGUUUGCAGUGCUUUGUCAUGCAAAUAGCUUGCUUGCAAGGAACGUUUGGAAUUUUUACGAACAUUAUUUUUAGUUUUUAAUUCUUUUAGGAAAUAGACUUGCCUAGAUUUAAUCUUUACGCCCCAAAUAUUAUUUGCAUCGGAGUUGCAUCAUAAAUUGUACUCGGAUUCAAACGACACAAUGUCAAUGACUUUAUAAAAGUAAAAGCAUAUUGUGUAUUGGCCUAUUGGGUUUACACUUUUACAGGUUCAUUUAACUUUAACUCUCUCAAGUCUCAACAGACAAUCAGGCAUGCCAAAUCCAUUGAUAUGACAACUUCAAAAAACUUUUUUUCGAAGCUAGAAAUAAUUUUUUUCAAAUUUUUCCUGGGAUACUUUGUUUUCUGCUCUCUAGAUUCUCCCUCGCGGCUCUAGUGCUCCACCCUAGAAUAUAUACCUUACUGGGGUUUGGUGACACUGGUGUUGCUUCAGUCACCUGCUCACGGCUCACCCCCCUAAAAUUUCCGACACCACCCCAGUAAAAAAUACGAAAAUCCGUCUAUGUGCAGGAGUAAGUUUUUCAAAGAGCAUCAAAAUAGCACAAGUCCGAAGGGCAAGUGCUAUUUGAGGUCUUUGAAAAACUCACAAGUGUUUGUUUUAUCCAAAUUUCACAAGAACCCAUCCUGUUCGAGACAAUUGUAGUUUUAAUUUGUAACGUCUUCAAAAUUUCUCUCAAAUAUGUAAGUUUUGCUAGUCUUAUUUAGGGUAAAGUCUUCUCCAUUUUAACCCAUUGAGUGGCAGCACUCUCCCCUUGACGAGUAAAAUCGUCUGGCGUUAGACAGAGUAAAAUAUUAAAGUAGGGCGAAUCGGGGUGCAUUGCCAACUUAAAUGGUUAAAAAAAGAUAAAUGCCAUAUUUUCCACCCAAACUCAACUUUUACUUAUCAUUAGCGCGGAGUGAGCUGUAAUAAGCUAAGUUGUCAUAUCUCAUCCAGUUUCUCCACUCAUUGGGAAUUCCAUAUUAUACAUGAUGUUGUACAGAUGCUAUUAGGUAAUAGGAACUGAUUUAUUGUAUACAAUCCAAUAUGAAUUAUCGUUUAUUGCUAAUAGUUCAAAGAUCGGUGUACAAAGAUUUGGUGUGUCUUUUACGAGAGGAUCGAUUAUUAACACUUGAAGAGUUAAAAGAAAAGGUUAGUGAAAAUGUUUUAUUGAAGUGCUUCUCAUGGAUGUUAGUUUUGUCACUUCGGAUCAAUGAGAGAAUGUUGGUUUCAGUGGGCAUUGCAAAGCAGAAAAAUGUUGGUCGACGGAUGUUGACACUUAAGCCCUGAUCAAACAAGAAUGAGAGUUGAGAAGCGAGAGUAUGCAUGAGAGUUUUCUCAACUUUUAUGCCCCUGUCAAACGAGAAUAAGAGUUGCAUGAGAGUUGACUGGAUAUUACCGUGCAGGUAGGCAAACUCUAUCCAAAUUUGAUCAGGGCACAAGAGUUCAACAAACAAACAAAUUUGCCAACACUAAUCAACUUUCAUCCAGGGGCCAGUUGUUCAAAGCACAAUUAGCGCUAACCAUGGGUUAAAAUUUAACCCAUUGCUUUGGUCUUUAUUUCAAAACUUUAGAAAAUUAAACUUCUGGGGCCGGUUGUUUAUAGCUAGAUUAGUGCUAACCCUCGGUUCAAAUUUAACCUGCUAGAAAAUUAAACUUCUGGGGCCAGUUGUUCAAAGCUGGGUUAGCUUAACCCUGGGUUAACCUAAAAUUCAAAGCAAACUUCCUGACAGCUUGUUUAUAAAUUUGGAAAUAUUUCUUCAGAAAUCUUCUCGGGAUCGACAGGAGUUCUCUUUUCUGAAGUUUUGAAAUAAACAGACGUGCACAAAUACAUGAACUGAAACAGCAGGUUAAAUUUUAACCCAGGGUUAGCGCUAACACACCUUUGAACAACCGGCCCCAGAUUGAACAAUGUGUGCGGCCCACAUUGUUCACACUUGUCAACAAUAUCGAACAAUAUUGUUGUGCCUGGAUCGGGUGUAACAAUAUUGUUCAAUAUUGUUGACAACUACAUGUGAACAGUGUGGGCCGCACAACAUUGUUAAUCCUGUUUUCAUCAAUAUUGCAACAACCUGAUCGUUUUUAGCUGUGUAGUACUUAAUGAAACCAUUGAUAAUAAAAACACAUCUUUCUUAAGAACACAUCUUAAUGUAACUAUGCCUUGAUCCAGAUGAUCUUGAUACGCGGAAAAGUACUGGCACUAGUUGUCAAAUAGAAAUCCAUUUUAUGAUUAAAACAACUGAAUAUCUCCUGUAAUAUACUUUAUUUCGAUUCCAUAUUUUUGUCAGAGCUAUAGUUCUCAUAAGCAAACAUAAUUACAAAAUUUCAACUAGUUUCAUAAAGAAUAACGAAAGAUAUAAUUGACUGAAUACAUCAAAAUGGAUUUCUAUCCGGACAACCCUUUCUGAGCGCUGAUUGGCUAAAAUACGAACACGAGAUCACCUGGAUAAUAAAAACACAUUAUUUAGAAUUAUUUUCUCAUUAUUUUCUCACUCUGAUAUUUUCUCAUCCGCUGCACAAUAGUACUUCAUGAAACACAUCUAUAAUGCACUUCUGCGCUGUGUUCGUCCUGAUUUAGGGUGAAGAGAGUUUUCAAGAAGAUGUGUUGCUGGAAGGUGGUGUUAAAACUGGCCUGCAUAAUGGUACAAACUACAGAGAAGUCCGUAAAUACCGACAAGCUAAUACAACAAUCAUGUUCUAUUUUGUAACACGAUGUUACGGGGAAUAUAUGCAGUCUAUAUUAGACGGUUUCAAGCUGGAGCCCCCGCAUGUCAUUAUAAUGAACUCUUGUCUUUGGGAUCUUCAUCGCUACGGCAAAACUGCGAACGCAGAGUAUAUCACAAAUAUUUCGGAGCUUUUGUAUGCAAUUGAAUACGGCGUACCAGAAGAAGAUACGUUGUUUAUAUGGAACGCUACGUUGCCCGUACGAGAAACAGUGAAAGCAGGCUUCCUUCCCCCAGGCGUUGAUCAUACUUUACCGGCUGAAGAUAUCCGCAAGGCUAAUCUCUAUGUACGGGAUCAACUCAACGGCUAUGCAGAGCGCUUUAUCUUCCUUGAUCUACAUCAGACUUUUUACAAGCACCUAGAUCUAAGAGUGAAGGACGGUGUUCAUUGGAACGAUUUUGCACACAGGAAAAUCACAUGUCUUAUACUUAGUGAGAUUUCCAAACAAUGGAAUUUUGAAAUACCACCAAAAUCACCAUUGUCGCCAGUACAUGACGAGGCACCUCCUGUGAGCUUUGAUCGUUCCAUGAAUGCUGUCCCACGAUCAGCAACAGGUGCUUACCCACGAUCUUUCCAUGAUAUGCCACCACGUCCAAGAAAUGAUCUCAUAGGAAAUGGUCAUGCAAUGAAUGGUCCUCCGAGGAAUAACUCCGUGCGGAUGAAUGGUUUUCCAGGUAAUUUUCCUAGGGGUCCUUUUGGGCCACGUGCGAAUAGACCCCCUGGGCCACGAGUUAAUGUUCCUCCUGGGCCAAGGAUUAAAAGUCCUCGGGCUAUCGGGUUUUCUGGACCAAGGGUUCCUGGCUAUCGGGCUCCCUCCCCCAAGGGUAACAGCCCUCCUCGCCCCAUGAUUAACGGACUCUCUGGGCUACGGGUUCCAGGCCCAAGGGUUAACGGUCCAUCGGGCCCUCGACUAAUUAGUCCACUGGCACCGGGUUCACGGCUUAAAUUUUCGCUAAGACCCCGAAUGAAUGGUCCACGACAUAUUGGGCCCAUGAGUAACGGUGUUAUUAGAAAUGGCCUCCUAGGAAAAGCGCCUAUAAGAAACCAUCGUGUGAUUAUUGGUCCAGCAGGUGUCAGAAAUCGGCGAGGAAGAUCUCGUAGUGCGACUGUGAACCUAAUUGGUCCCAGGCCUCCUCCACCACGCGGUUGGCUGAAUGGUCCCCCACGUUUUCUUAAUAACAAUGAGUACCUACCCGCAAGAUAUUCAUUAAACGAAACCUUCCCUCCUGCGUUCCCCGGAAAAAGGAAAUUUAUGGAAGAAGACGAUUUUGACAAACCUUAUAAGUUUCCACGCAAAUUUAUGUAAACAUUAUUAAGUAUUUAUAACGUGAAGAGUUCUGUUUAAGUUUUGUUGGUGUAGAGAUUAAAGAGUGAAUUUAUAGACCGAUUCGAAAAGUGUUUGCCGUUCUUUUUUUCUCCCGAAAUGAAUUUCAACCGAGGUAAUCAGUGCCGCCUUAUAGAAUACUUCAAAAACUAUCAGUUUUACAAAAUUUAAAUAUAUUACCAUGUAUUCUCUUUGAGAAAUUAAAUUGAAGCGAACGGUGUGUCUGCUAGAUUCAGCAAACAGGCAUGACUAGCCUCGUUUUGGUGCUUUUUGCACAUCACAAAGGGCUAUAAUUUCGCUUGCAUGGAUUGUUUUCAAUCUUGAAACUCUUACACUUUGCCUUGAAGUCUCUGUCUCUGGUAAUGCAUAAAAUGAGUAAAAUGAUGCAAAAUUGUAGCGGCUGGUUUUCGAUUCGGUCAAUAUAAAUAUUCUUGGGUAAAACAAGCAUAGUUACAUCGUUUCUCGUUGUGUUAAAACCUGAUUUCCACCUCAAUCGUAUCGGAACGUGCUAUGUCGUCAUUAGGGACUUUAUUAACAUUGACGUUUACGGCUAAACGCAAAUGGCAAACUUGAAAUCGCAUUUGAAAGUAAGGCCUACAGUUUCGACAGCUAACAGUAGCUAAUUCAUGCUCCAAUUUUAGUGUCAAAGUUGCCCUAACUUCGGGGGCGGACCAUUAGAAAAGUGAUGUGUGUGGGGGGGUUAUCCAUUUUCAACGUGCACGAAUUUUUUUUCAAAAUUUUUUGCUGUGCUUAUUUUUUUUUUAAAUAAUCCCUUGCUCGAAUUUUAUUUUAUUUCCAAAAAUUGCGGGCGGGGGGGGGGCUGUUUUCCUUGCUCGAUUUUUAUUUUUGCUUUUGCCCCCCUCCCCCCAUCACUUUUCUAAUGGUCCGCCUCUAACUGUUGUCUUCAAAUUACUAUUUGACGUUGGCGGUUUGCCGUAAACGUCAAUCUUAAACUCCCUAUUAGUUCUAUUAUCUGACUCCUCAACAUGCGUGGAAACAAACAAGUACGCUACGGUACAUUAUGCCUGUUCACACUGGUCAUUGGUGUGUAUAUAAAAAUGCUUUGAAUUACGACCAGUGUGAACCAGGCUUAAGGUUGAAGUGGAAACGAUUUUAACCCUUUAUCUACCAAUGAAACUCCAAAGUAUUUUCUCCAACUUACGCCAGACGAUUUUGCUGCAUAUAAGGCAUGCUCUUGGUAAAUAAAGGGUACCACAUAAGCUUUGACAAAAAACACAGAAUACGAGAAACGUAAUAAAGAGUUGUAAGUAUGAUAAAGUUUAUUUUUAUAAAAAAAACUGAUUCUCCAAAGAUUUAUCUCGAGCAUGAAUUUAUCUACAUUCGGUACGAUUUACAAAUCUCGUCUGGAGGCUUUGUGCGAUUCUUUCAUUUUACAACGUGACAUUCGGGCUCUUUAAGGGGGGGCGGAGUUGGAGUCUGGGCAUUAGAAAGCCGGUAGCUUAUCCUAGGGUUUAACGCAAAUUUUCACAGCAAACUUCCCAACCGCUUGUUCAGG